UUGCAGAAAUCACUCUCUCUCUCUCUCUCUCUCUCAAUCUGCAGAAAGAACCGACAAACAUGCUUUCCUUCAAUCCUCUCACCUUCCCAACAUCUCUCCACAGCAACCCCAACAUCAAAUCCUUCUCUAAAUCCAUCCAUGGAUUCUCCACCUUCAGAUUUCCCAAAGCCUCCCCACCAUUUGAUCAGAAUCACCUGAUGCCCCACCCCAAGGCCACCAAUCACACCGUUUAUCACCACCCAUCUGAUUUUCCCAACAAACCCAAAUCCCAAAUCCUCAUUUCAAGCUCUACAAUCACCAACCACAUCAUCCAUUGCCACCCAUCUCCCUUUCCCAACAAACCCACGUCCCAAAUCCUCCUAUCUGGUUUUCUCAACAAACCCAAAUCCCAUAUCCUCAAGGCAGCUGCAGAUGCUCCCCAGCCCACGAUUCCAGAUGAAGAUUCAUCCAGUUCCAAGAAGAAAACCCUCCAGCUAGCUAUUGUCUUUGGGCUGUGGUAUUUCCAGAACAUUAUCUUCAACAUCUACAACAAGAAGGCCCUGAACGUCUUCCCUUUCCCAUGGCUUCUUGCCUCAUUUCAAUUACUAGCUGGCUCUGUUUGGAUGUUCUUCCUCUGGUCUUUCAAAAUCCAACCAUGCCCCAAAAUCUCAAAAGAGUUCAUCUUUGCCCUCCUCGGGCCUGCUCUUUUCCACACCAUCGGUCACAUCUCCGCCUGCGUUUCCUUCUCGAAGGUCGCGGUCUCCUUCACCCACGUUAUCAAAUCCUCUGAGCCCGUCUUCUCUGUCGUCUUCUCCUCCUUCCUUGGUGAUUCCUACCCAUUAUCCGUCUGGCUGUCGAUCCUCCCAAUCGUCUUUGGUUGCGCUCUCGCCGCUGUCACCGAGGUCUCCUUCAAUCCGCAGGGGCUCUGGGGAGCCCUCAUCAGCAAUGUGGGAUUCGUCCUACGAAACAUAUAUUCCAAACGGAGUUUGCAGAAUUUCAAGCAAGUAAAUGGGCUGAAUUUGUAUGGUUGGAUUAGCAUCAUGUCCUUGAUUUAUCUAUUCCCAGUGGCCGUCUUUGUGGAGGGCCCUCUGUGGGUGGAAGGCUAUCGACGUGCUAUUGAAAUCGUCGGCAAACCGUCGACUUUCUAUCUUUGGGUGAUUGUAUCUGGUAUCUUCUACCAUCUCUAUAACCAAUCAUCUUACCAGGCUCUCGAUGAUAUCAGCCCAUUGACGUUCUCAGUUGGGAAUACGAUGAAGCGGGUGGUGGUCAUCAUAGCGACGGUUUUGGUUUUCAGGAAUCCAGUCAGGCCAUUGAAUGGUCUAGGAUCUGCAAUUGCGAUCUUUGGGACCUUUUUGUAUUCGCAGGCUACUGCAAAGAAGAGUGGAGGUGAAAAAAAGAGCUAGUUGACUACAGCAACAUGAAAUCGGGUGUUUGCAGAUCAUCGGGUGGUAGAAUAACAACCAUGUCUCGUUGGAAGAGAUCAGAAUAAAGUUGAAUUCGGCUGAAGAGAAAUUGAGCUAGAUGGAAGGUUCAAGGUGUUCGAGGUUAGUAGCAGAGUCAUCCCAUGACAUUCUUUCUUCUUAUUCUUCUUGUUCUUUUUGUUUCAAUGUAGUAGAGCUGAUGAGAAAUCCAUGUAAAUACAUUUCCAAUGGCAAAGCUCUGAAUUUGGGGUUGAUUUUUCUUGAA